GCACAACCCAUUCCACCCCGGCGAACAGCGUACUAUUUUCUGUGCAUAUCUUGCGUCAUGGCGAAUCCAAUACAGACGGCAGCGUACGGAACUUGGGCCAGUCCGAUCACCGCGGACAUGUUGGCCCAAACUGGUGGCAAGAUGGAGAAUGUUACGGUGACAUCCGAUGGAACCAUCUACUUGCUGGAAGCUCGGCCACUUGAAGACGGACGAAACUGCAUUGUGCAAUGUUCCCAGGGGACAGCGCGAGAUGUAUUGCCGAGAGAAUAUAAUGCCCGCAGCCGUGUGCAUGAAUAUGGUGGCAAGGCGAUGACUGCCAGCCCGACCGGAGAGAUCAUUUUUACCGACGGGAAGACGAUGGGUCUGUAUCGGUUGGAGCCCGCAACGGGAACCGUCGAACGCUUGACCACACCCUCAGAGACCCUGCGCUACGUGUGCACCUCCGUCCACACCUCACCAGCGACGGGGAAGAUCGACUGGAUUCUGGCAGUCCAGGAAGACCACACGAAACCGGCUCCGGCGGACGUCCAGAAUACAGUGGUGGCGAUCGAGGUGGCCACCAAGAAAAUCGUUCCUCUGCUCCAGGGCGCAGACUUCUACAGCUACGCGCAGUUCUCUCCGGCUGGGGAUGAGAUCUGCUGGGUGCAAUGGAAUCAUCCGGACAUGCCAUGGACUGGAACUCUGCUGUGGACUGGUCACUGGGAGAAUGGACAACUGUCUGGGUCCCACCUUGUGGCGGGAAAAGCACAGGCAGAGAGCAUUACCCAGCCCCGAUGGGGGCCUGAUGGAACGUUAUAUUUCGUCAGCGAUAGAACAGGAUACUGGCAACUCUAUCGUUUGCCGCCUGGCGCCUCGUCACAGGCUACUCGUAUACAGCUGAAUGACUUAGAACAGGUCGAAUUCGCUCAUCCCGACUGGAAUAUGGGAAAUUGCACUUAUACUUGCCUCACAUCCCACCAGAUCAUCGCGGCCUAUAUGCGGAAUGCCCAGUGGUCAUUUAUCCUUAUCAAUCUCGCCGACGACUCUUACCGUGAGCUGAACAUGCCUAUCACGGACAACAUCGAGUUAGCCGAGCGCCCACUGUCGGAGAACAGUGUCGCUGUUCUCGGAUCAUCGAGCACGAGUUUUAACACCCUCUACAUAUUGAGUGUCAGCAAGACGGUCCAUCUGCAAGCCCUCAAAAAGGCAGUCGAUAUCUCUCUUCCGGAGACCUUUAUUUCUCCCACUCAACAUAUCUCUUUCCCGAGAGUCCAUGGCAAGUUCCAACAAGGCGAGUGCUAUGCGAUUUUCCGUGCGCCGCAAAAUCCCGACUACCAGGCUCCGAAGGGGACUCUCCCACCCCUGGUGGUCUCCUUGCACGGGGGUCCAACGUCAUGUUCUGGCGUAGGUCUGCAACUCUCCGAUCUUUACUGGACCUCUCGCGGCUACGCAGUUGUAUGGGUCAACUAUGGAGGAAGCUCGGGAUAUGGCCGUGCGUAUCGGGAUUUGCUGAACGGCAGAUGGGGAGAAUUAGACAUCGCGGACGCCGCCAGCUGCGCCUCCUUCCUAGCCUCAUCCUCCCAGGUCGACGGGAAUCAGGUCGGAAUUCGCGGCGGUAGCGCAGGGGGCUACGCCGUUCUCCAAGCCCUCUGCGAUUAUCCCACGCUCUUCGCCGGCGGGAACUCGUUGUACGGCAUCGCCAAUCUGCGGACCCUCUGUGAGGACACCCACAAGUUUGAAAGCCAGUAUGCUUAUAACCUCCUCUUCCCGCCCGACAUGCCUGACGAGGAGCGCGAACGGGUGCUCCACGACCGGAGCCCGUGCUACCACGCAGACCAGAUUCAGGCCCCCUUGCUGAUGCUCCAGGGGGAGGAGGACCACGUAGUACCGCUGAAUCAGGCGCAGGAUAUGGAACGCGUCAUGAAGGAGCACGGCCGCCAGGUUAAGCUGGUGGUUUUUGCCGGCGAGGGACAUGGAUUCCGGCAAGCGGCAAACAAGAAACGUGCGCUAAAUGAAGAGGAACACUGGUGGCAAAAGAAUCUCUUAAAGAUGGAGGUGUGAAAGAUUGAUACAUGACUCUCCUGGGAGGAGGUUCUUCAGAAGCACGAGGAAAGUCAUGUAAUUCAUGCCUUCGUCCUUGUCUGUUCGACUGAAGAGUCACCUGAAGCCCAGUGCUUUGCAUAGCUUUACUGAGGGUUACGGUCUAGCACAAACUGGGCUAUAUGCCCGCAAUGUUAAUCCACAAACGUUCCAACAUUUGCAUUCGCGAUGUUCCUUUUGUACAAUCAUGACUGUCU